UCCAACUCUUCCGCCUCCCAGGCCGAUCGUCGCACCGUGGAGGCGGAGCAGCACCUCAUUGCCACGGUGUUGGCACAAGGGUCCCAGGCCCCAGUCCUUGAUUCUGGCGUCCCCGAGGUUGUGGCGCCUCUGCAGGCCGUCCAUCCCCAGGAGGGGGAGAAAGCGGACAAAAAGUCCAAAAGGCCCAGGGGAACUGGUUCUUCGGCCCUUGAAGGGCAAGGGGUGAUCCUCCCCUCUCUCGGACGUCCGGCGCAUGACGUUUGGCAGGAGGUUGCCUCUCUGGCCGGCGUGGAGAUGCCUCCCCGCACGUCUUCGGAAGCCUCCAAUGCGACCCUGGCCGCCGCUCUUCAGGUCGGGCUCUCCGUUCUGCAGUCUGAGGCUG